AGCACGUGCUUUACAGAGGCUUAGAUUCGAACGCAUGAACCGCUGGAAGGUGAGUGACUGCCACAUUGCAAACGGGGAAUACUGCCUGAAGACAUUAAUAAAGACAGCUGUCUACAGCCCUCAUCAUGAUUCACAGCUUGUUUCUGAUAAACAAUGCUGGCGAUUUAUUCCUGGAGAAACACUGGAAGAGUGUCAUAAGCCGCUCGGUCUGCGAUUAUUUUUUCGAAGCACGAGAGAAGGCAGUGGAACCUGACAAUGUGCCUCCUGUCAUCCGCACCCCUCAUCACUAUCUCAUAAACAUCUACCGUGAGAAGAUCUUCUUUGUUUCUGUCAUCCAAACAGAAGUGCCUCCGCUCUUUGUUAUAGAAUUUCUGCAUCGAGUCGCAGAGACAUUUCAGGACUAUUUUGGAGAAUGUUCUGAGACUACAAUCAAGGACAAUGUGGUCAUAGUGUACGAGCUCUUGGAGGAAAUGUUGGAUAAUGGCUUCCCCCUCGCUACAGAAUCCAACAUCUUGAAGGAACUCAUCAGACCUCCCACAAUCCUGCGGACGAUGGUUAACACCAUCACAGGCAGUAGUAAUGUUGGCGAAACGCUUCCUACUGGUCAGCUCUCCACUAUUCCAUGGAGAAGAGCAGGUGUAAAAUACACCAAUAAUGAGGCUUACUUUGAUGUGGUGGAAGAAAUCGAUGCCAUCCUGGAUAAGUCUGGAACUACAGUUUUUGCAGAAAUCCAAGGAGUUAUUGAUGCUUGUGUCAAGCUCUCUGGCAUGCCAGAUCUUACUCUCUCAUUUAUGAACCCCAGACUUCUGGACGAUGUGAGCUUUCAUCCAUGCGUUCGUUAUAAGAGAUGGGAAAGCGAAAGAGUUAUCUCUUUCAUUCCCCCUGAUGGAAACUUUCAGCUCAUGUCGUAUCACAUAAGUGCGCAGAACCUUGUAGCAAUCCCAGUAUAUGUGAAGCAGAACAUCAGUUUCUUUGAGACUGGAUCUUCAGGAAGACUGGACAUCACUGUGGGUCCUAAGCAGACCAUGGGAAAGACUGUGGAGUGCUUGGUAGUGACCGUACACAUGCCUAAAGUGGUUCUCAGUGCCAAUCUCAACGCCACUCAGGGAACCUACAACUAUGACCCCGUCACAAAGAUUUUGGUGUGGGACAUAGGGAAACUUAACUCUCAAAAGCUUCCCAAUCUGAAAGGAAGUCUAAGCCUGCAGUCUGGAGCUCCUAAACCAGAGGAGAACCCAAGUCUGAACAUUGACCUGAAAAUCCAGCAGUUAGCCAUCUCAGGUCUGAAAGUCAAUCGUCUAGACAUGUACGGAGAGAAAUAUAAACCAUUCAAGGGUGUGAAAUAUGUGACCAAAGCUGGGAAGUUCCAGGUCAGGACAUGAGGCCAGCUGCAGAAUAUCACAAUGAUAUGCCAAAAGUUUAUUAGAGGUGCCAUUUUCUAAGUGACAGAUCAUACAGGAUUGCAACCUUGUGCACAAUCUCCCUUGUUUUUUGUUUUUUUUUUUAACAUCGCAGUUACAUUUGUUAUUGUAAUAUUUAUGUUUCUUCUUUUGUGGGAAGUAACUGGCAAUUUGAAAGAAGUGAAAAUCUCUCCACUGGAGAGUACUAGGAGAGCAUUUUCUUUGGGAAUCUUUAACUUCAUAUCAGUAACAUUCCAUUUAAUGUAUUAAAACUGUAUUAUGUUAGGAUUUAAGGUACGGUAAUUCACAAUACUGCUUUACAGUCUUUGAUAUUGGCACAAAACCAUAUCUGGGAGUUUCUGCACAUAUUCACAAGCCUUAUUUUUUCAUUUUUCACAUACUUUUGCCAGUGGCCUUUGAAUGAAAAAAAUACUUUAAGGAGGCCUCACACACUCAAAUUGCCUUUUUAAAAAACAGUCAUGCUUAAAGCAAGACAUAUUUACAGUGAUGCAAUCUACUCAUCUACUACACAAGCACAUCACUGCUCAGAAGUGAAUGGAAGCUGUAUUUGAUUGUAGACAAUUACACUUUAAGUAGUUACAAGCACUACGGAGCCAUUUUGAGCACAAGUGAUAAAAUCGGUUCUGUUGCACCGACCUGCAGUGAUAUGGUAGAUAUGCAGGUCUGCCACCUAAAUGAAGCUUUGAGGAUUUGCACACAAGGACACGCAAUUGCAUUAUUUUGUAAAAUGUCAAGAGAAUUGCAUACCUGCAUUUUGAGAUAUGUAUUUAAAC